UAAUUUUGUCGUUUGCUUGUUUACUAAAAAAGAAUCGUCGAAACAAUGUCAAAUUGAAAAUUAUACAGUCAUCUACAAUUUUAUCGCGUCACAAAAUUGAAUUAAGGAGAUUUCAAAGAAAGAUACAUAGAUAAAACACAAAUCCGGGCUUGUAUAGAACGAAUAUAAUGCUUAAGCAGACGUAAAUGGCAAAUAUGAACAUCCGGUUUCGCGUGAAUCACCGCUAUAUUCUUGAGAAAUUGUACGUACGUAAUACGUUUAAGAAGAUCUUCGUGAAUGUUUUUCUGUCAUUAAAAUUAACAGAGAAAUUGCGGGUAUUUGAACCUUAUAAAUGAAGUUUAGAUAAAGAAAAAUAAGGAAAUACACACGCAUGGCGAUUUUAGGAAUAUAAGUUUGCACCUUUUGAAAUGAUAAAGAAUAUCUAAAAUUUUAAUUGCUAAUCGAGUACGACUGGGAAUCAUGUGAGGAUUUUAUUGCAUGAUAUUAUUGUUUAUGCGGUAAUUUCUAUUUAUACAAGUCAAUUCACACGCUCGAAAAUCGUAAGCAAUAUAUCGCGUGAAUCAUUUUGAUUUUUCCACAUGAUGAUUAUUCCUGAAUUGGAAACUGAUUGUUAAAAGAAACCUCAGAAGAUAAUCUUGAUUUAAAAUAUCAUUUUGAGUUUUGGAUAAUCGCGUGGAGAGAUUAAAAUGGAUCACCCACGGUAUAUAUUGUUAUACAAGUUGAAAAAAAAAUUCGUUCAACAUGACGACAAUUUAUACGAUACGGGACGAUCCGCUUCUCAUUUCAUUCCGUCGUAUCUGCAGUUAUAACGUGGAUCGCACGUAAAGCACUUUGCUUCUCCAAAUCCAGUUAUUUGGAGAAGAAGCAGCGUCCGCUCGUGUAUCGAAUAAACGUAAAACUCGUUCCCGAAUGCGACAUUACUGUCAUUAAUCGCACGUGCUCCGCUUUCAUUCACGCCAACUCCCACCCGCGUGAAUAACACGGUACAAGCGUUUACAUUCACGCCGCGGUUGGCCGACGCCGACGGGUCGACAAGGCCGUCGCCGCCACGAUUGGCCAGCGCUUUACUCUCAACGUACUACACGAGAGAGAACGAGAGGAAUGCGAGACGAUCGCGAAGGCACUAUGAAUAGAACUAAAGCUGCGGGUCAAAGCAUAUGAAACGGAGCAUCUCUCUCUCGGGUAGUUCCGACAAGGAGUUUGCUUGGGAGUUUCGACUCCGCCGCAAUAUGGCCGUAUCGUCGUAUACACAACUCCCAUUCUCGGAGCAUCGUGCCCGUAAAUCACACGUCAAUCACACGCUGCUCGGAAUAUUAUUGUAUGCGCUGCUGAUGAAAGAUGGUACAAGUGUUUCCUUGACUCAUCAUCAUGCAAAUGAUGUUAAUUAUUAUGAUGCAACAAUCAACAAUAGUGAUAAUAUAAAUCCUCUGGAAAAAUUUUAUCUAAUCAAUGAACAAAAGUGGCAUAAGGAUACACUAGUGCCAAUCUCCUUAUUGCCCUCUACGAAGGGAAUGCCUACGAGAUCCUAUCACAGAAUCCGGCAGUCCGUGACAGGACUGGAUGAUGCUGGAAUGGAUCUCCAAGUGGCCCAACUCAAUAGUCAGACAGACAAGGAAGUACAUUCCAGGACGACUCUAUCAUGGCUAGAUUGGCAUUUGCCUUACUUUGUAGCGCUUUGUGCAUUCGCUGGCACUAUUCUUUUUACAUUCCUAAUCUUGUUAUGGCUGCGAAAACAAAUGUCGCGUGAAAAAGAUAACGAGAAUGGCGAUCGGCACGGUCUGGUCGAGGAAGGUGCCAUUUGUCAGCCAGACAAGUCAACUAAAGAUACAAAAGAAUCCAUGGAGGCUAAAUGGGUUCACGAAGCAUUUGCGAAGCAAUCUGCACCCAAGUAUCCGGUACGACCAAUUCCUCAGACCUCUUUACCCGAGUCUCUUGCAACGCUCGAACGUAAACCAGAACCAAUACGUGUAAAAGCAAAAGGACUGUUAGAAAGACGUGGCUCGAGCACAAGUUUAACCAUAGAAUUGGCACCAGCUCCGGAAAGUCCGCCGCAUAUGGUUACUCCUACUCGAGAAUGUACUACGGAAGAGUUUUUGCUAAGUGCGGGAAAUGUAUUGUCGAGAGCACAACUGAAAAAGGUUGGCGAAAGUACGGGAACAUUGCACAAAGAAUUUUGGGAAGUGCCACUGAAUUUGCCAGAAAAAGUGGAUAUUUGUGGCUCAGGAAUAAAGAAUCGAUACAGCUCUGUGUUACCCAAUCUACAAACCAGAGUUAUUUUACCAGGUUCCUUCGAUGAUCCGCUCGCCGGUUACAUAAAUGCUAACUACAUCCGAGGAUACGACGGCGAAAAUGCUAGAUACAUCGCGACACAGGGACCAUUAGCUAACACGAUAGCAGAUUUCUGGAAAAUGGUCUGGACAGAAAAAGUUCCUGCAAUCGUUAUGAUAACUAGAUUGUAUGAAGCGUCCAAACCAAAGUGCGAGGCGUACUUUCCCUUUGACGUAAAUAAUCGCAUACAAGUUGGAGCUUUCACAAUUAUCGUUAAUUAUAUUGAUACGAGAAACGGAUAUACCGUCAGAACUAUGGAAAUCCGGCACGAAGGAGAAAGGAGACAUUUGCAGCACUAUUGGUAUGAUUCAUGGCCGGACCAUGCCGUACCUUCAACUGCAGAUGCGCUCGUUAAUAUGGCCGCAGAGGUAAACGCUUUACCAAGACCAGUGAUCGUCCACUGCAGCGCAGGUAUAGGACGAACUGGCUGUUUUAUAGCGAUAGGGAUAGGAAUGAAUCAACUUAUAAAAGACGGAAAUGUCGAUGUACUGGGUAUUUUGUGUCAGAUGAGAUACGACAGGGGUGGGAUGGUGCAAACAGCUGAACAAUAUGAAUUUAUUCAUAGAGCACUUUAUCUUUUCGAGCAGACACUAGACAGCAAACCGUCGACUUCGAGCGAUUGAAUGGAUGUACUAUUACUAUAGGGGAAUUUCUUCCGCUUAUUCUUUCGUAAAACGGGGCUUUAUUAUUGCCUAAGAGAAUGUCACUUCGCGCAGGGCUAUAUGCGUAUCGCAAAAAAAUAUAUAUAUAUAUAUAUAUAAAUUUCUAACGAAUCUCAAUGUUAGCCUGUGAACCAACGCUCUCAUCUUUAUCUCAAUAUUCAAACGAGUUGAAACUCGUUUAAUAAGCUGCCAUUUUCUACUGCCAUGACAAAUCGUUGACAAUUGAUAUCAAUCAUAGAGCUCAAGAGAUAAAAAAAAAAGGGUUCACCGUCGGAGUGCAUUUUCUAAGCAGGUGCUUUUUAAAACUGAGGUAUCAUAAAUAGCUUAAUGAAAAGAGUAUUUAUGUUUAUAAUAACGCGCGAUAUGAAUCGUGUGGCACGUACGCUUAAAAAUCAAGAUUAUUAUUUUAUAUAAGUUAUAAAUUAGAAAUAAUCUCUAAAUACGGCGAUAAUGUAUUCGCGAUUCGUAAAAUUUAUAUAUGUAAAAAAAAAUGUCAGAUACUAAACUUGGGAUUUAAUUAUCCACACAUUCCUCGUGCGUUAGGAAAUUAGUCAUAAGUUCUAAUAAAAUUUUAAAUACAAAAA